UUUUCGCUGCAGCACUCUGAGAUCAGUCAGAAUCAGAGACAUUCUGUAGGAGAACGGGACCUGAAGAACCUUCUGAACACAGUAAGAACAAAGACUCACCAGAAGCUGCUGCUCGUCUUUGUCGCUCCUCAGGAUGAAGCUGGAGCUGAAGAUUGAGCUGCUGAAGUUCUGCUUCAGUGUUCUGAACUCCAUCUUCCUGAUCCUGGGUCUGAGUGUUGGAGGCUGUGCGCUCUGGAUCCUGUUUGACACUGGAACCUUCCUGUACAUCCUCUCCUCGGAGGAGAUGCGUGUGGUAGCAGUAGGACUGCUAAUGAUUGGGGGUGUGGUGAUGUUGGUCAGUAUGACUGGAUGUGCUGCAGCCAUUUGCGAGAGACGCUUCCUGCUGCUAGUGUAUGUAGUCUUUGUCAUCGUCCUCAUCCUCGGCCAGCUGUUUGUCUCACUGCUGCUGCUCAUAAACAGGAAAAAGAUUGAACAGAGUCUGACUGAAACUGUGGACAAGAUCAUCUCUGAGUACGGAGAUGACACCAACGCUCACAGCAGACUUCUGGACAACGUUCAGCACUAUGCUAAAUGCUGUGGUAGAACCGGCCCGGCUGACUGGAUGAAGAACUCUUUUAUACAAAAUCUGAACCUGACGAGUCCAGAAGUUCUUCCAUGUUCCUGUUUCAGGUCAUAUCAUCUCAGAUUUACAUCGUCUUGGUGUUCAGAAAACAUCAGCUUCACUGAGCCGCAGUUUGGAAGAGGAAACGGGACCUUUGAUCAGAAUUGCAGUCAGAAGCUCAAUUAUUGGCUGCAGGAGAACAUCCUAACCAUCAUCGGCAUGGACGUGGGCCUCAUCCUUCUCCAGUUGGCUUUGAUUUCCAUCUCAGUGUCUCUGUUCCAAAUGUUUGGAAGAAAAGUGGUCUUAAAAAGAACCAGUCAGCUGAUAGAUGAAGCCGACGACCACCCAGACUCCACCCCUGAUGACCUUCUGGACUGUGCAGAGCAGAAUUAUGCCUACAUGGGUCCUGAUGCUGAUCACACACGCCCACCACUACAUGACCCUCAAAGAAGUCAACAGCCUGCCUUGUAACUAUGACAACCAGCAUCUAAACCCGACAAUUCAGUGCUUCUCUUAAGUCUGAAAACAAUUCUUCUAUUAUCCGUCAAUUCUGAACCUGCAUUUUAAUUUUAAAAGCGUUUGUUUAGUUUUCUGAGAAUCUCUGGAAGUGUGCGAAUAACAAAGCAAUUUUCUAGGGAUAGCCAUGGCCACCCCUUGGGGUCGCCACUGCAACAUCAGAAAGUGCAAACCAAGCUGCAGUUUGGCUUAUUACCUGUAUGUGGCACUCACACUCAGAAACGUCUGUUUAGACAAAAAUUUAUUAAAAAAAAACAGAUGAGAAACAUUUCAAGCAUUAAAAUUCAAUAAAUACAAAUACUCAUGUAACCAUCAUUUCACUGAUCCUCACACACCUGAGUGCAUUUAAGUUAAUGGUAAAUGUGUUCUUCUGCACUGGUGUUGUUACAACAAAGCACUGAUCUUACAGCAACAUCUAUAGUCUCACAGAGAAUUACAACAAAAUACUGGAGAUAAGGUUUAAUAAAAUACUAAAUACAACUUUUUGAACUUUAAACCAUAUGAUUUAAAACAUUUCAGUGCAAACUAACAAUUCAAGGUGUUACUGUACAUAGCGACUUUAUGUGCAUGAAAAUCAUGAGGCAAAAUCAUAAAGGUCAAAGGUUUCAGUGA